UUUAAUUUUUCCUUGUUUUUUUUUAUUAAUAACUAUAUAAUUUACUUCUUAUUAUUUACAUAAAAUACAGGUUACAAUAACGAUUUAUAAUUGCUUAUUACUUUAGGUCCACUGCGUUUUUUGAGCGCACCCAUGAAACUCGUGAGUGCACCGCUGUACGCCCCUAAGGCAGAAUGUGCGCAUGGCGUUGCGCAUGCUGACAAGGAAAAGAAACACGUUCAAGUGUGGUUUUCAGGCGGUAUGGAAGACAAACCUGCGUCUUAUGAGCGAGUUGUUUACAAAAGCAUCUCUGAGUUCCAUUAUAUGAAGAUCUAUCUAGUUUGUGAAAACAGCAACAAAACCCUGAGUCCAGAACAGUUUAAGCACUUAAUCAUCUCUGGAGUCAAAGACCUAUACGGAGAGGUUGGAGCUGCUUUUCCAUUUGAUCUGCUGACAUUUGAUCAGAGCGAAUUAUCAGCCAUACUGCGUGUAUAUAACAGGGGUCUGGUGAAAUUGUGGAGCGCACUAACACUGAUUGGAUCAUUUGAAAACGAACCAUGUGCUUUUAGAGUCGCACAGGUCUCGCCAUUCUUGAUAGCUUUAUCUGGAAACAGUCGUGAGAUGGAGCUGUACUAGUUUGAAUGAGAAAAUGGCCUUCGUCCUCAAAAGAGCCCUGUUUGGGAAAAGUGUGUGCCGUGUUUUGAACACAGCACGAU